CUAUUUGUGAUCUUCCAUGAAAAUGUAGUAUGAUGAUAAAUGCUGCUCCUUUAGUGUGUAGGUUAAGGAAAACUAUUGUGCUUUUUCCGAAAAGACGAUAUUUUAAAGUACUCUAAACUACUGGAGGUGGAUUCAAACUUGGGUGCUAAGGGAUAUCGCUGUAAUCUUCUUAGAUUGAAAACACAGUGGAUAAAAUGAGAUCCCAUAAGUUUCUUUUUUUCCGUGGUCGGUGAUCUGAUGAGCUUAUUACCUACUGAACAUGCCAAGCCAGUGACCAUUGUUGUUGGUUCUCAUGUUUGGGUUGAAAAACCAGAAUCAGUUUGGAUUGACGGUGAAGUACUAAAUAUUAAGGGUGAUGACGCUGAGAUUCAAACUAGUGAUGGGAAUAAGUCGACCUACUUUCAUUUUGUCCAGGUUGUAGCAAAGCUGUUAAAAAUAUACCCAAAAGAUACAGAAACUCCUCCUGAUGGACUUGAUGACAUGACUAAGCUAGCAUACUUGCAUGAACCUGGAGUGCUUCACAAUUUGGCAACUAGAUAUGAGAUAAAUGAAAUUUAUACUUACACUGGAAACAUUCUCAUCGCCAUCAAUCCAUUCCAAAGUCUCUCACAUCUGUAUGAUGCUCAUAUGAUGGAACGGUAUAAUGGAGUGCCAUUUGGAGAACUGAGCCCUCAUGUUUUUGCAAUAGCAGAUGCUGCAUACAGGGAAAUGAUUACUGAGGGAAAAGGCAACUCGAUUCUGGUUAGUGGGGAAAGCGGAGCUGGUAAGACUGAAACAACUAAAAUGCUUAUGCGCUACCUUGCCUAUUUGGGUGGUAAUGCUGCAGCUGAAGGGCGGAGUGUUGAACAAAAAGUUUUAGAAUCAAAUCCAGUUCUUGAAGCAUUUGGCAAUGCUAAGACUGUUAGAAAUAACAAUUCCAGCCGCUUUGGGAAAUUUGUCGAGAUUCAAUUUGAUAAACGUGGUAGAAUAUCAGGGGCAGCCAUUAGAACAUAUCUCUUAGAGAGAUCUCGUGUUUGCCAGAUUUCGGAUUCAGAGCGUAACUAUCACUGUUUUUAUCUUCUUUGUGCUGCUCCACCUCAGGAAACAGAGAAAUAUAAGUUGGGAGAACCUAAAUUAUAUCACUAUCUGAAUCAAUCAAAUUGCUAUGAACUUGAUGGAAUAAGUGAUCAACAUGAUUAUCUCGCCACUCGGAGAGGCAUGGAUGUUGUUGGAAUAAAUGCAGUAGAACAGGAGGCUAUUUUCAGAGUUGUAGCUGCAAUUCUUCACCUUGGUAAUAUAGAUUUUGCCAAUGGGGAAGAUAAUGACUCAUCUGUUCUGAAAAAUGAUGAAUCCCUUUUUCAUCUUCAAAUGACAGCAGAACUUCUCAUGUGUAAUCCUCGGGCAUUGGAAGAUGCACUGUGUAAGCGUGUAAUGGUUACUCCAGAAGAAAUUAUUAAAAGAAGUCUUGAUCCCCUUGGCGCAACAGUUAGCAGGGAUGGAUUGGCCAAAACUAUAUAUUCUCGUUUGUUUGACUGGUUGGUGGAUAAGAUCAAUUUCUCAAUUGGACAAGACCCUAGCUCAAAAUGUCUGAUUGGUGUUCUUGAUAUAUAUGGUUUUGAAAGCUUCAAAACUAACAGUUUUGAGCAGUUCUGUAUUAAUUACACUAAUGAAAAGCUGCAACAACAUUUCAACAAGCAUGUAUUCAAGACGGAACAAGAGGAAUACACUAAAGAGGAAAUCAAUUGGAGCUACAUAGAAUUUGUGGAUAAUAAAGAUGUCCUGGAUCUCAUUGAACAGAAGAAAGGUGGGAUUAUUGCUCUACUUGAUGAAGCUUGUAUGUUUCCAAAAUCAACUCAUGAAACAUUUUCAACGAAGCUGUAUCAGACAUUCAAAGAUCACAAACGCUUCAUCAAGCCAAAACUGACCCGCUCAGAUUUCACCAUUGUUCAUUAUGCAGGAGAAGUACAAUAUCAGUCUGAUCAAUUCCUAGACAAAAAUAAAGACUAUAUUGUUCCUGAACAUCGAGAUUUGUUGAGUGCUUCAACAUGUUCUUUUGUAGCAGGCCUUUUCCCUCCACUUACUGAGGAGGCAACCAAAUCUUCCAAGUUCUCAUCCAUCAGUUCUCGUUUCAAGCUACAACUCCAACAAUUGAUGGAAAUACUAAAUUUUACAGAACCCCAUUACAUAAGAUGUAUAAAGCCGAAUAGUGUCUUAAAGCCUGCUAUAUUCGAGAAUGUUAAUGUCUUGCAACAGCUACGUUCUGGUGGUGUUUUAGAGGCUGUGCGAAUAAAAUGUGCUGGAUACCCUACUUACAGGAGUUUUUCUGAAUUUUUAACUCGAUUUCGUGUCCUGGCCCCGGAAGUUUCAAAAAUGGAUUGUCCUGAAAAUGAAGCCAGCGAAAAGAUUCUGGUGAAGAUGGGGCUUAAAGAUUAUCAGAUAGGGAAAACAAAGGUUUUCCUAAGAGCUGGUCAGAUGGCUGAGCUAGAUGCAAAGAGAAUACUCUUACUCGGUGACUCAGCUAAGGUGAUUCAAACCCGGGGCAGAACUUGUAUUACUCGUAAGAAGUAUGUUUCUACACUGGAGGCUUCUAUUUGCGUGCAAUCAUUUUGUAAAGGAGAACUGGCUCGCAAGUUAUUGAAGCUCAAGAAGCGGGAGAUUUCUGCAGUUAAAAUUCAGAAGACUGCCCGUAAACGCCUGGCGAGAAAAGAUUAUCUCAGAAUAAAGUUCUCUUCGACUAUCUUACAGGCAGGCGUGCGGGCAAUGGCUGCCCGUGAUGAAUUUAGAUAUAGGGUUAAUGCGGCAAUUAUUAUUCAGACAGGUUUACGGGCAAUGGCUGCUCGUGAAGAUUUUAGAUGUAAAGUUAAUGUGGCAGUUAUUCAGACUGACUUGGAAGCAAAAGGAGAAGAAACAACAAAGUUGGAGUCCUCCGUGCAAGCUAGUACUGACUUGGAAAAAGAAAAGGUUAAAGAGGCAACAAAUGCGGAGUCCCCCCUUCUUACUAAUGUAAGCAGAGGUGUUGAAAUAGAUGUGUUGUCUAAAAGUCAGGUUGCACAGGUAGAAACUGAAGACGCAUGCUCUAUGACCAAAGAUCUUUCAAGUCCUGAUCAAAAUGCUGAAAGAGUUAAAACUCUUACUGCAGAGGUUGAAAGUCUGAAGGCCAUGUUGCAAGCAGAAAAACAAAGAGCCAAUGAGUGUGAAAGGAGGUUUGUAGAAGCUCGGGUAUCAAGUGAGGAAGGACGUAAAAAAUUAGAGGAAACUGAAAGAAUAGUUCAUCAACUUCAGGAAUCUUUGAACAGGAUGAUAUAUUGCAUGUCAAACCAAGUUUCGGAGCUGAAAACAAUCUUAUCUACCGUGUCCAAGUCAAGUUCAACAACUUCAGGACCUUUUGUUAGACAUGAAGGGUUUGAUAGCAUUUCCAGUAACUCUGAAUGUUCAUCCGCCGACUCAGAUUUCACUUUUCCAGCUCCAGCUACAAGUUCAGCUAACUUUUCCUCUCUUGGCCCCAAUUCUAUCCAGCUUAUAGUUCAGGACGUUUCAGGCAUAGAAGUUUCAGGAUCCGAAAGUGAGAAGGAGGGGGCUUUUGAUGACUUCUUCUGACGGAGCUUGUUCUAAUUAUUUUUCUUCCUUCUUGCUUAGAUUUGGGUCUCUCAUUAAACGUCAGACUUCUGGCACUGUAAAUAGAUCGCCAGACUUGAACAUAUACGUCCCAUAUGCUUCAUACAGGAUCAUAGACCGACAAGUUUCUCUCAGGAUUAUAUAGAUCAAUUAGUCAGGUAGCAUGUAGCAAGGAUCAAGUGUAGUAAACUUUAGAGUAGUACGUAGUCGGAGCUCAUUCACUAACGUCCUUUGUGAUUUCAUUUCGCCCUGAUAACUGGCCACGGCGUUAACGUGUGCAUAAGAAUCCUCCUCCAGUUUUACUGUUAACAUUUCACUGUAAUUGAUUGUAUCAGAUAGCUUCAAUGUGUUAAUUUAUCUCAACUCAGUAUAUAUUUUGUGGUA